AUGUCUGCAAAUGAAUUACCUUCUUCAGCUCAAGCCUUCCAAGAACAAUUUCUUGACAGUUUUGUCUCAAGAAAGCUGCUUCUCCACAACCCAUUCGAUCACAACACUCAACGAGCCCUUGCGAUUGCACCAUCUCCUCUCAAAUCCCAUCAGAACAACAUCAACGGGAACGUCCUGAUGCUUCUCUCAGUCAUCAUCUGUGGAGUCAUCUGCUGCCUCGGAUUACAUUACAUGAUUCGUUGUGCAUUCACACGCUCUUCAAGAUUCAUGAUCUCCGAGCCUAUCCCUAGUCUUCCAAAAAGCUCAUCAAACAAAGGAAUCAAGAAGAAAGCUCUUAGGAUGUUCCCGGUUGUGAGUUACUCACCUGAGAUGAACUUUCCGGGGAUUGGAGAAGAGUGUGUCAUCUGUUUGUCAGAUUUUGUUUCCGGUGAACAAAUCAGGCUGCUCCCUAAGUGCAACCAUGGUUUCCAUGUUUGUUGCAUUGACAAAUGGCUUCAACAACAUUUGACUUGUCCAAAAUGCAGACUCUGUUUGGUUGAGACAUCCCAGAAGAUCUUAGGUGACUUCAGUCAAGAUGAUGAAGUGACGGCAACAGCAACAUCAGGACCAACAGAAAGUGUAAUUGUCAUGAUUGCUCCUCUAGAACCUGAAGGAAGAGUAAACACUUUUAGAGAAAGCAGCUAG